AUGAUAUAUGCCACAUUUAUUACAGAGAACUUGAGUAUAAAAAAUACUACAAAUGUCUCACAAAGCUCUACAUACAAUUACACAAAAGGAAACAAGCAUAUAUAUCGAAAUGCAACAAAUGCAAAUGACGGGGAAUUUGGGACGAGGGAGGCAGACUGCGCUCAUACUGCUCCUGGGCACGAUAAAGCGUGGUUUCAAGUUGACCUUGGUUCAACCUAUAGCCUAAAAUCUAUAAUAAUUACAUACAGAGAUGAAGGGGAAACUUGGAAACCGUAUAGAUUCCGGCAGUUUUACCUAGAUGUAGCUAACGUAUCAGAAUCAAAUUCAUUGAAAACAGGGAGGUUUCGGUGUUACACGGACAACACAACUAACAGUAGCGUACCUCCAAAUGUCAUUCACAUUCCUUGUAAACAAGCAGCAAGAUACGUAAUUGUAGAAACCAUUUACGAUGCACCUGAAGAUGAGAUCACAGGAGCUAUUCUAGAAUUAUGUGAAAUAGAAAUUUAUGUCCUCAGUGCCUCAAUAAACAGUGUGUUAAAAGUAAUGGUGAUUGUGAUUAUCGAGGGUGUGAAGCAGGCUAUUACGGAAACAAAUGUAAUAGGACUUGUUUUAACUGUGUUGGAAAGAACUGUUCUCGUGAAGGAGGAAUCUGCACCGAGGGCUGCAUAG